AGCAGGAGAUCACAGAAACAAUAGAAGCGAUGACUGAAGAAAGACCGGCAUCCAACAGUAUCUCUGUACUUCACUCUAUGCUAAACCGACUAAAGUCUUCUGAGAAGCUGCAAGGUUCUUCUCAUGUUACAGCUCAACACCUUCAACUCUCCAAGGACACAAACCAUUGUGACAGUGUAUUUAGCCUAGCGUCAGACAAACCGGAGUGGAAUUUUGCAAGCUCAAAUCCUUUAGAAUGCUCAGUUAAACCUGGGGGACAGAAUGAUGUGGACAUAGAAACAGAAUAUUUGACCCAGACGACUGUUAUUCAAGAGCCCAGUCCUACUUCAACAACAUUUUUAAAAAAUGGACGAUCACCUAAUUUGUUGCAUGAUUUGAUGGAAGAUGGCAGGGAAGAUUUACAGCCCAGCAAGAGUAAACCCUCAUGGGAAGAAGUCAUAGAGGACCACAUAUCACAGGCUGAGUCACAUGCCAGCAUUCUAAAAAACAAUCCUCCUCAUGGAUCAUUUAUGCAUGUCCCAACAGGAUCCUGCCUGUCAAACCCAGAACCCAGGUUUGUCAAAGUAACAAAUGUGCAAGUGGAAUAUGAAAUAAUGAAGCAACCUUCCUGGACUGAGAAUACAGUUACAUCUGUGGAGGAAUCAGUGAGUUCAUCCUUCACUCCUGAACUGCAGAAUCUCGACAAGGUGCAUGUGAAUUUACAAAGGAGUGCUUCGCUAAAAGAUUUCAAGCUUAAUCUUGAGCCUAUCAGCUUGUUGGAGGAGAUUUGUACAGGAGAACAAUGGGCAAAAUUCCUGAAUUUUGAAGAUUCCCCAGUCCAAACAGAUGCUACAGACUGCUUACAGACAGAGGAUUGUUGUCAAUCAAAUGUUAUUAGAUCUCAGGAUGCAGUCAUAAAACCAGACCUAUCAGCUGGCAAAGAGCAGUCAGAGAUCAGUUAUAGUCCAGAAAGUAUUACUGGCCAUCAGGUGAUUUAUACAGGAGAAGAAUGGGCAAAACUCUUGCAUGUUGAAGAUUCCCCACCCCAAAAAGAUUCUAGAGACUACUCACAGACAGAAUAUUCUCAUCAAUCAAAUGAUCAAAGAUCUCAGGAUGCAUUCAUAAAGCCAGACCUAUUAGCAGGCAAAGAUGAGCCAGAGAUCAGUUAUAGUCCAGAAAGUAUUACUGGCCAUCAGGAAAUUUGUACAGGAGAAGAAUGGGCAAACCUCUUACAUGUUGAAGAUUCCCCACCCCAAACAGACGUCACAGACUACUCACAUGCAGAUGAUUCUUAUCAAUCAAAUGAUAUCAGAUCUCAGGAUGCAGUCAUAAAGCCAAACCUAUCAGCAGACAAAGAGCAGUCAGAAGUCAAUUAUAGUCCAGAAGAUAUUACUGGCCAUCAGGUGGACAGUGUAGCCCACAGGACAGCAGAUUUACCUAUUCUUGCUCUUUCCAAAACUGUAACACAAAUGGCAUCUGACGUUUCACACUAUGAACAAGUUGAAGGCAAUGAAAAUGAGCGUGUAUAUGUUAAUGAUAAAAACAAUCUAACAGAAGUUGAUGACAUGCCACUUGAUACAUCUGCUGUCAAGACAUCAGGAGUACUAGAGAAUUCUGCUCUGAACAGUCAAACCCAACUGAGCCAAAAAGGAAAUCAUCAGCCACCAGGAAAUAUCAGUAUUGGCUUUCUUCCCCAAGAUUCCCAAACUGUUCUACUUAACAAUAAGAGAGUGCUAGAAAGUAAUGCUACAGAACUGCAAGUGACAUCAGAAGAGUUAAAAUCCUACAAUAGUGAUAAUGACAAUGACAAACUUUAUGAAACUGAUCAGCUAUCAAACGAGGCAACGUCAACAGACGUGCCCCUUGAUUUCUCUGUUGUCGAGUCAUCAGGAGUUCUAGACAAUUCUGCUCUUAAGAAUCGAAUACAGUUAAGCAAAAAAAGAAAACAUCGCCCACCAGGAAAAAAAAAUAAUGAAAUUCCCAAAAUGAAGUUCUCCCCCAUGAAUUUUAUUCGCCAACGCAAUGCUCCCACUGAGUCUGUUCAGUCUCACCAUUCUUCAGAACCUUUUGUUUCCACUUCUUCUGCAUUUUAUAAUCCCCCAAUGUCACAUGAUUCCAAAGAUUUCCAAACACCCGCUCCUGGUGAUAAGAAGCAAAAGGCAAAAAACAGAUUCUUGAUACCAAAGCUAAGGAAGAAGAAGACUUAAUUCAUUUCUGGAAAGUGUAACAGGAACCUGGGUCAAGCAAAUCAUCAGUAUACUGUACAUGGGUGGGAACGGAACUGCAACCUACAACCUGUAAAUAUAGAUUGAAACCUAAAAAUAUAACUAUUUUAUGUAAUUUCUUUUGUAUAAGCUACCUAUUUAUAAGCUUGGCAAAUAAGAAAAAGUGAAAUACCAUGUCAAGAUACUGGACAAGUGGAACUGGUUUAAAAAAUGUGUAAGAAUAUGAUUAUUUGGGCAUGUCCCACAACCAUAAACUAUGAGAUACACCUUUUCAAUCCAACUUGCUACAGAAAUUGUAUUUCUUAUUCAGAGCUACUAACAAUGAUAACAGUGAAAUCUUUAUUUUAGCCAUUAGAAUAAAGGACUUUUUAUUUUCAGUGGUGAGACACUUCAACAGCAAGGGACAUAAUGUCAGGGAAGUUCCAGAAGGAAGCUGGACUACACUAUAUAUCAGCCACCACUUAUAUGUAAUUAUGUGGAUCUGUUCUCUGGAUCUCUUUGUCUCACUUUUAUCAUCCUUUGAUGCAAAAUACGCUGUGACUUUGUCCUUGUGCUCAUAAACUUUAUGUCCCAGCCCAGUUACCAUAGUUCAUGUUUAUUGUUUUGCCAUGUUGUGUGUAUCAUUGUUGUGCUAUGUUUGCUGAAGUGGAUCUGCCUUUAAAUGUGACAAAUAACAUUAAUGACGUCUCUGUUUGCAUUCCAAGCUGUUGGUAUGAAAGCAAGGGACCCACAGGAAUGAAUGUCAUGUACUGUACUGUACAUGGGCAAUCGUUUCAAAUACCAGUUGGUUUCACUUCCUACAGCCCCAAUUACUAUGUUUGUGCAGCUUACAGAAAGAUUAUGACAGCUCAAAUAAGCCAUGAACAGGAAUCUGGGACUAUAGUUGGCAAAGACUCAACAACACUUGUCAGUUGAUUAAUGGCAAAAGGAUAAUUUUUUCCCCCUUCCCAAUUUGUGUAGUUAUUGUAUGCUUGUGCCCACUGUAGCCUCAGAUUUCUGUUCUUGGUGGAAUGGUUUCCUGCUGUUGUUGUUGCUGUAGCCGAGCCGUCUCAAGGAUCGAUGUCUUGUACAUUUAGAGAUGCUUCUCUGUUCACCACAGAUGUAAAGAGGCGUUAAUUGAGUAAACAUAGACUUCCUGUCAGCUUGAUCCAGUCUGGCCAUUCUCCUCUGUCCUCUCUCAGUAACAAAGAGUUUCUGCCAUCAGAACCAUCAUUCUGUGUAGGCCCUAGACUACUUGUACAUGACAAUUCGGUAGAUGAACAGUUUCUCAACUGAAUAAAACAUAUGAAUAUUUUUAUUUAAUAUAAAAAUACCUUUACACUUAUAUGAGUGCACGUAUUUAUGAAAUAUAAUUGCACUGACUCAUUUGUGUUGCUUUGAUAUGUUUACUAGUGCAGAUUACUCAGAUUACACAUACUACAGAUUACAGAAGGGGUUGAUCACAUAUACUAAAACAUCCAACUUUUAACCAUCUAUCUUAUUGCAAGUUGGAUUUAGAGCAUUAAAUUCCCACAGCUUACUUAGUCCUACAAUGUCUAACUUAUAAUCAGUGUUCAUAUCCUUGAAGUACAUUCCUUCAGCCUUCUCAUUUAUUUCUGCAGCAGAUCCAUAUUAUAAUUAAACUAAACUGAAUGGCUAAGAUUUUAUCAUCUAAAAAUCCAACCUUUUUUUUUUCAUCAAAAUUACCAAAGACAUCGCUUUUAAAAAUCCAGUAGAAAGAAAUGAACAGUUUCACUUAAAAAAAAGCACUUUAAAUUAAAGAGCACAUGAUUUUUGUCCAAUGACAAGCAAAAAAUUAAAUAAAAAUAAUGGCACACACCUCUACAAGAAUCUGAGCGACGAUGCUUUUUCCUCUACAAACAAAAAUAAAAUCCUAUUUCCUCCAAUUUCCCUAAUUCUACCAUAUUAUGUAAGAGUGUGAUUUUGUUUUAAAUACAUGCAAUAGAAAUUAACUACCUAAGAGAGUAAAAUGUAUGUUAAAAUAAUUUAUUUACUGCUUAUAGUAAUUAAUUUUACUUAAUAAUAGCUCAUAAAGCUUUAAACCCUGUCAUCAAAUAUUUAUUUGGAUCAUAUUAAUAUGAUGAUCUCUAUUACUAAACUGUUUAAUAGUUCUACUACUUGUGUAAUUGUGGAUAUUUAAAUGUACUUCUACUCACAGUGCUACUUUAUGCUUUAAGUUAAUUUGGUGUUGUAUUGCUAUAGGCCUGAAAAUGACCAUGCAGAUAUUACAUUUGACACUGAAGCGUUUAAAUACAGGUGUCCCAAAAGUAAUAGGGCAAUUAUUGAAACAUCAGAAAUCAUAUAAAUUGCAUUAUGGUUAUUUAUAAUUUCUUAUUUCAUAGCACUGUUAAAUUUUCAAUUAAUAUUAGUCAGAAAUGUUUAAUAAUUAAAUAAUAGCAGCUAUUAUUUUCUAUUAACCAACACAGGUUGUGUGUUGGUUAAUAGAAAAUAAAUUGUAAUAAAUGUAUUGUAACAAUAAAUAAAUCUUUUAAAUAAAUAAAAAAAUGUGUGUAAUUGGUAAAAUGUUUAUUAAGUAAUUUUGAGUAGUCUUCAGUGGCAGGCUCUGGUCAGAGGUAAGGCUGUGGCUUCACUUUUUCCUCUAACCUCAG